GUCAGAGGUCAGAAGAGGGGCGGACCGGACGGGGUCACUUCCGGUCUGGGGGGCCCUGAUGGCGGGUAAGAAAUCGUCGAAAGACAAGAAGAGGAAACGCAGCCAUGGAGAGGAGAGUCACAGUGAGAGGAAAUGGCUCAACUCGGAUUCGGGAACGAACGAGUCAGGCAGACUUGCUUCAGAAAAAGAGAUGACCAAUGAGGCCAGUGACUUGGAAGAAGGGGGCCUUGAUCUCAAUGUUGCCUUGAAGCCAAUCAGUUCAUACAUUUCUGACAGAAAAGAAAUGUUAGAACAGUGCUUCAGAGUCAUAGGAGAGAGAAAGCUUCAGAAAAUGCUCCCAGAUAUUUUAAAGCAGAACUGCUCUGUAGAAGAAAUUAAGGCACUAUGUUUGGAGCAGCUGACACUUUUAUCUGAUAAGAAACUUCUCCAAAUUAUUGAGGGUGAUGACCUUGGUUCAUCUGAUACUGAAGAAGAAGUAGGAGAGAAUGAUAAGUACAAAAAGAAACUGGAAGCAGAAAGUCAACAGGAUAAUAAUAUAGAUUCCACCUCUUCCUACAAAGAGUGCAAUGAACAAGAGGCCCCCGAUUUGAAACAGGGUGGGGCCUCUGGAGAUGAAAGCGAUGCCCUUAGCAUAAAUGCUGAAACUUAUGAUAGUGACAUAGAACAAAAUGGCAACGAUCAAGAAGAUAGUACAAACUUGGUACCUCAUAAAAGCACAGCAACUCGCACUGGAGUUGAAGAUGAAAUACAGAAAGACAUUGAAAGGAGCGUAAAUGAGAUUUUAGGCUUGUCGGGCUCCACCACAGGAAGACAUCAAUCAGCUGGUUCUCCCAAUCCUGAUGGGGAUGGUCUUCACCCUUCCGCACAGCAACUGGAACUGCUCGAGCUAGAAAUGCGGGCCAGGGCAAUCAAGGCUCUAAUGAGAGCUGGUGACACCAAAACGCAGUCUUAACUGGUGCACAAACAUAAUUGUUACUCUUAAGAGAAGGCGUGAUCUAUUGUAACCUAACACUACAGGCCAGAUAGAGUACUAUAGAAUUAUUUCAGUUUCCAUUCUUAGGUAUUUCUACCACUCCCCCAAAUUGCAAAUGCUUUGUGCAUCCUCUCUCCUAGGAAGUGUUUUUGUUAUUUUAUUUAUCAUAUUUGAGCUCCACCAGUAGUAAAUUAUGGAUUUCAAAUUUACUGUUGCAAUUACUUUCGAAAAUGAUAUGCUGUAAUAAUGGGUACAGAUAUUUUGAAUUUGUGUGGUAUGCUCACGUACAUUGUACUUAAUAAUCAGUUGUAUUCUGGAUGGCCUGACAGUGUAGUGGUAAGUGACUUCUCCUUGUUUAGUCAAAUGUUUACAUCUUAGUGCUGGUGUAGAUGUGAUAAUGUUUGUCAACUUUUCACUAAUGAGGCACAAAUGCCCAUCUUGCCCUCUAUGUAGAGCCUUACCUGUUAACUGGAGUCAGCACUUUGGAGGAGUCUUCACCAUAACUGAGAUAAAGUAACAGAAGGGUGGGAGAAGUGUCAUAAUUUAAAGAUUAAAACACAUUUUUUAAAAUGUGUUUUAAUGCCAUGCAAUGCUGAGCCCUAAUAUAAAAUUGCAAUGAUUUUGAAUGUCAUUAUUUGUACGCCUCUGAAACACACUUGAUUUGUUUGUAAGCCUUCAAGUGGCAGCCCUUUUUGAAGUUGGUAAAGUAGUUCUAAAUUUAAAAAUGUUUAACUAGAGUUAUUAGCAUAGUAAUCAGGCACAUCCAUGGAGCAAGGAGCUCUCCUAAAUACAGAAUAUUAAGAUAUUGUACAUAUAUGUUGUACAGAAGUAUAUUUGUCCACAAGUUUAGGUUAAAAAAAAACAAAAUUUUAACAGUAAAACUUCAUAAAAGUUCAAAUUGUGAAGACCACACAAGUUUUAUUUUCCUGUGUUUUUAAGUUACCUUCAAAAUGUGAUGACAUUGUUUGCUGACUUCUGGUUGCUAUAACUCAAUGGAGUUAAGGAUAAAUAUUCUUGAGUAAAUUGGAGCAUGGGAAAUCAUUUAUUGAAUGUUCUGAAAAUUCCCAUUAUUUCUAAAAAAAAAUAAGGUAUAUUUUAAUUUGGUUUGAGAGAAAUGCAAUGGUCAAUUCUGUUGAAAGCACUAUUUUCAAGAUGGGCUCCUGAAAAGGGAAUGAAACAAAUUCAGCUUAGAUUUGAAUGCAUGCUAUGUUUAUGGAAAAGAAGAUGAUUGCAUUAUUUUAAAACCAUAUCUUGCAAACAGUUGUUUGUAUUAUAUGUUUUAGGAAUCUUAUUCUUUCCUGGAUUGAUAAGAUUGAAUUUUUUUUAAAUGAGUCCCCAUUGCUUUUAAUUUUUGGAAAACCUACAAGCAGUUUUCUACUUUACAGCUUAGUUCAGAUGAAGUGCACUUCUUUAAGGAGAAUGGAUUACAGAAUUUGCUCAGGCGAAAGUAGCCAUAGGCAUCUGUCGAAAUUCAACAGAGCAAUUAGUCCACACACCGUCCAGAUUUCAGAACAUUCCCCUGGAAAAGAGAAAGGCAUUUUCUAGUUUUUGCCAUUAUAUUAGUUGUGGGUCUUUGACAUCAUCUCGGUUGUCUAUAUUCAAAUGUAAUUAAAACACAGUAUUUUCAAAA